AUGGAAGGUUUACGUGCCUCUUCCCUGGAAUUGACCCCCACCACGGAACACUCAGCUACAGCAACCGUUCCAACACCAGCAUCAACGCAGGCUCCAUCUAAACGCCGGAGUGCAGCCAUCAUCGCCUGUAUAACAUGUAUUACCGGUAUAAGCAAUCUUCUUGCCGGCCUUCUCACGGUCUGCAUACCCGUUAUUGCACAGGAUCUUGCCAUCCCGCCCGGCCUUGAGCUGUGGCCAGCGUCUGCCUUCGCUUUAUCUUGCGGCUGCUCACUCCUCUUUUGCGCCACCGUCGCCGACCUGGCAGGCUGCAGGCGGGUAUGCCUUGUUGGCGCAUUGCUCCAGGCGUGCAGCGCAGUUGGUGCCGGACUGACCAACACGUCCACGCAGUUGAUAGCAUUGCGGACCCUUGCCGGUAUUGCUGCGUCGCUGUGUCUGCCCAGUGCGGUUGGUGUUGCCUCGAAUGCGUUUCCCAGUGCUACGAUGCCACGGAGCCGUGCUGUCGCGUUCUCUGCCAUGGGAGGUGGCCAGGCCGUUGGCUUUGGGCUCGGCCUCGCUUUAGGCGGCGUUUUCAGCGAUACGGUCGGUUGGAGGUGGGGGUUCCAUACGACGGCCGUCCUCAAUCUUCUUGUUCUGGCAUUGGCAACAUGGUCGCUGCCAGUUCAUCUUGACGGACCACUUGACCGGGCCAUUCUUGCGCACUUGCGUCAACGCCUCGACUGGAUUGGGGUGAUGAUCAUUAGCACAAGCUUGGCCUGUCUCUCUUAUGUUCUAGCGGUCGUGUCGGGACCUGGUGCAUCGGGCCGAUUGCGUGGACCAUUGAACCUGUCUCUACUCUGUGUCGGGCUCGUUCUAUUACCAACCUUUAUAGUAUGGGUUCAUUUCCAAACAAGCCGUCAGAAACCUGCUUUGAUUCCCAACAGCCUAUGGACCAACGUGCCCUUUUCCUCUGUCUGUGCUGCAGUAUUCCUUAUCUGGGGCGCUCUCAAUGCCAGUGAGCAACUAGCAGCUCUGUAUCUACAGGAGAUUCGUGGUUUCUCGACCCUGACGGCAUCAUUAUAUUUUCUUCCGGCUCCUCUUUGUGGUCUUAUCAUGAACAUCGUCGUUGCCCUUAUUCUUCCAAAGCUAAGGCCAUCUAUUGCGGUGCCAGCAGCUUGCUUCGUAAGUGGGCUUGCGCCGCUAUUGUUGGCGGUCUUGUGUCGUGUCGAUGGCCCUGGAUAUUGGCACGGCAUAUUCCAAGCCAUCGCCAUUAACCCAUUAGGUGCGGAUCUCAUGUAUACAAUUGCAAUGCUCGUUGUGACGGACGCUUUCCCUGUCGAGAUGCAGGCGCUAUCUGGUGGUGUUUUUAACAUGCUUGCUCAGAUUGGAAAGAGUGUAGGAAUAUCUACAACUGCUCUUAUUGCGAAGCGGAUAACAGACCAAACUGAUGGUGUUGACACAGGCACAUCUCUCCUUCGAGGAUACGCAGCUGGCUGGUGGUACAAUUCUGCGUUAGGAUUUGCCUCAGUCCUCGUAACGCUUUGGGGUCUGAGACGCGUUGGGAAGCUAGGUGUGAAAAAGGACUAA